CCUGCUCUGUGUGUGAUAAAGGAUUUUCCAACUCAUCUGAUAUGCUGCGACACCAGCAGGUUUACACCGGGGAGAGACCAUUCGCCUGCUCUGAGUGUGGGAAAAGAUUCACUCAGUUGUGCAGGCUGCAGACACACCAGCGGGUUCACACUGGGGAGAGGCCAUUCACCUGCUCCGUGUGCGGAAACAAAUUCGCGCAGUUAUCCAGUUUACAGAAGCACCAGAGAGUUCACACCGGGGAGGGGCCAUUCACCUGCUCCGUGUGCGGAAACAAAUUCGCACAGUUAUCCAGUUUACAGAAGCACCAGAGAGUUCACACUGGGGAGAGGCCAUUCACCUGCUCCGUGUGCGGGAAGGGCUUCACUCAGUCGUCCAACCUGCUGACCCCCCAGCGCGCUCACACCGGGGAGAGACAGUUCACCUGCUGCGAGUGUGGGAAGGGAUUCAGUCAUUCUUCUACCCUGCUGAGACACCAGCGCGUUCACACUAGGGAGAAGCUGUUCACUUGUUCUGAGUGCGGGAAGGGAUUCAGUGAUUCCUCCGCGCUGCUGAAACAUUGGCGUGGUCACACUGGGGAGAGGCUAUUCACCUGCUCUGUAUGUGGGAAAGCGUUCAUUCAGUCAUCUAGCCUGCUGUCACACCAGAGAGUUCACACCAGGGAGAGGCCAUUCACUUGCUCUGAGUGUGGAAAGGGAUUCAUUCGGUCAUCCCACCUGCUGAGACACCAGCGGGUUCACAAUCACACCGGAGAGAGGCCGUUCUCCUGCUCUGUGUGUGGGAAGAGAUUUAUUGCAUCCUCCAACCUGUUGAUGCACCAGCGAAUUCACACCAGCGAAAGGCCAUUCACCUGCUCCGAGUGUGGGAAAGGAUUCAGAAGGUCUUCCAGCCUGUUGACGCACCAGCAAGUUCACACCAGGGAGAGGCUGUACACUUGCGCUGCGUGUGGGAAGGGAUUCACUCAGUUAUCCAACCUCCUGUCACACCAGCGGGUUCACACGGGGGAGAGGCCAUUCUCUUGCCCUGUGUGUCAGAAAGGUUUCACUCGGUCAUCCAACCUGUUAGCCCACCAGCGACUUCACAACGGAGAGAGUCUGCUUCCCUGCUCCGAACCUGCCAAGGGCUUGGCUGGGUCGUCCCAGCUGCAGGCGCGUUGUCGAGUUCACACUGGGAAGAGGUCGUUUGCUUGCUCCGUGUGCGGGAAGGGAUUCACCCGGUCGUCCAAACUGCUGAGACACCAGCGGGUUCACACCGGGGAGAGGCCUUUCGCCUGCCCUGGCUGCGGGAAGGGCUUCACCCAGCUGUGCCACCUGCAGACGCACCAGCGCGUUCACACCGGGGAGAGGCCAUUCGCUUGCUCUGAGUGUGGGAAGGGCUUCACGCAGCUGUCCCACCUGCAGACGCACCAGCGCGUUCACACCGGGGAGAGGCCAUUCACUUGCUCCGAGUGCGGGAAGAGCUUCAGUCGAUUGUCGAACCUACGGGCACAUCAGCAGGUCCACAAGAUGGAGAAAUUAUGGAAUUGUGGGGACUGUGGGAAGGAAUUCAGAUUCCCAUCUAAGCUGGAAAUUCACCGACGCAUUCACACUGGAGAGAGGCCAUUCACCUGCUCGGAAUGUGGGAAGAAAUUCACUCGGUCGUACAAUUUGCUGACGCACCAGCGAGUUCACACCGGCGAGAGGCCGUUCAGGUGCUCUGUGUGUGGGAAGGGAUUCAGUCAGUCAUCCAGCCUGUUGUCACAUCAGUUCAUUCACACCAACGAGCGACCUUUUAAAUGCACUGACUGUGGGGGUGGCUUCAAAAACUCUCAGGAAUUGAUGGUGCACCAAAGGAUUCACACAGAGGAGAGACCAUUCAGCUGCUCUCACUGCGCCAAGAGCUUCAGAAUGUCAUCCAGCCUGCGGAGACAUCAGCGUGUUCACACCGGAGAGAGGCCGUUCACCUGCUCCGAAUGUGCGAAGGGGUUCACCCAAGCUUCACACCUGCUGAGACACCAGCGCGUUCACACUGGGGAGAAGCCUUUCACCUGCUCUGAUUGUGGGAAGGGAUUCACGGAUUCAUCAACGCUGCUGACACACCAGCUCGUUCACACCGGGGAGAGGCCAUUUACCUGCUCUAGAUGCGGGAAAGGGUUCUGUCACUCAUCCACCCUGCUGCGACACCAGCGUGUUCACACUGGGGAGAGGCCAUUUAACUGUACCGAGUGUGGGAAGGGAUUCAGUGACUCAUCGGGCUUGCUGACACACCAGCGGGUUCACACUGGAGAGAGGCCGUUCAUCUGCUCCACGUGCGGGAAACGAUUCACUCAGUCCUCCACUCUGCUGAGACACCAGCGAGUUCACAAAUGAUAAAGACAUUUGGAUUGGGUUGCUAUCAUUGAUGUGAAUCUCAUCCAGGACUGAACCGUGUUCAUUCUGACAGUGAGGGAAGGGGAAGGGGUGAAGAAGUGUUCCUUUUUGCUGGACUGGCCACUCUCACCAACUCUGCUUUCGGAGUUGGGGAGGCGGUGGGGGGGAGGGUGGUGGUGUUGAUAUUUUUGAGCCUGGGACUCCAUAUUCCCACUGAAAUAAUGCACAAAACACAUGAAGCAAAUCCUGGCCCAGUUUGAUCCUGGGCAGGAGCUAGUGUUCUCUUCCAACCAUUACAGGUAAAUGUAAAAUAGA